GGAAAAUACAUAUAAUUCCCCGGUUCGGCGGUGGGGCAGGGCCGGAGUUCCCCAGUCACCGUCGUUACACGGAGAUGGAUAGUCGUACGAGGACCAGAGCCAGUUCCCGCGCGCAUCAAGUCGUGUCGCCUGCCGAGCGUUUAAAUAUCCCAUUGACGGACAGACAUUCGUCGCAGUUGGACAACAUCCGCUCUCUGCCCAAAUCCUUGACCCUGCGAACACGUCCCUCCAGAUUGAUCAGCCAUGGCGAAUUCAGCAUCCUCUUCCGCACCCCUGCUGUCAGGGUUUCCCAAACCCGUGACCCAUAUCACAUCUCAUAGGGACGACGGAAAAGCCGUCAUUUACAGCUCCAACGAGAAUCCCUGGAACAUGAUGCGCAACAACUCGGUUGGAUUGUGUCUUGGGUAUGCUACCACGGGAUUUCCCGUCGACUUGAACGACGAGGCCGACCUGGCAACGUACAAGGCCAUCGCCGAGAGUGGGAAACUUGGGCUGGUCAACCCCAAUGGCACUGUGUGCCGCUGGGUCGAUCUGGCUCCCGACGCCGAACCAAUGAUGCACCGUACCCAGAGCCUCGACUACGGGGUGGUUCUCGAGGGGGAAGUGGAGCUAGAGCUAGACGACGGUAGCGUGACCCGGAUGCGCAAGGGGGAUCUUGCAGUCCAAAGGGCCACUAUGCACGCCUGGAGGAAUCCGAGCAAGACGGAAUGGGCGAGAAUUUUGUUUGUCUUGCAAGACUGCAAGCCGCUGCUGGUAGGAGGCGCCCGGUUUAAGGAGGAGCUGGGGACGGGCACCGGCGAGCUGCCAGCUAGUGGAAACGACAACUAA